CCUUUUGCCAAUUCUCCCUCUCCCCUUGUCCUCCCCCCAACCCCCCAACCCCCAGUUACUCCCAGCGUUUGGAGUAGUAGCCAAUAUCCACCAGUACCGCGGCCAUUAAACCUUGUUGCCAGCUCGCCGCGCUCCGAAGGUGUGCCAGGGUCUCCACCACUACCAUCCAGACUGAGGCUAAUUAACUGUGCAGCAUCACCACCACCUCCAACAUUGCUUCCUACAGAGGCGUCGGUCAAAUCCACUUCUCGCCUGGCCUGGUCCCCCCCCCCCCCUGGCCCGCAUUUUCUCAGCCUUCUUCACUGA